AUGCAAGCCCAGGGCGAAGUCAUUUUGAAAUUCAGUCGGCUUUCUGAACAUGCUUUCCCGCCAGUCAAAGGUUCAGAGAAGGCAGCUGGUUAUGACUUAAAAAGUGCAUACAACUAUACUGUUCCUGCAAGGGGUAAGGAACUAAUCAAAACAGACUUGCAAAUAGAGCUACCAUCUAAAUGCUAUGGCAGAGUUGCACCACGCUCAGGAUUGGCUGUCAAAAAUUUUAUAGAUGUUGGAGCUGGUGUUAUAGAUGAAGACUACAGAGGUAAUAUUGGGGUGGUUCUUUUCAACCAUUCUGAUCAAGAUUUUGUUGUCAAGAAGGGUGACAGAAUUGCACAGCUUAUAUGUGAGAGGAUUUACUAUCCCACAUUGCAAGAAGUUUCUAAUUUAUCUGAAACUAACAGGGGAGACGGAGGGUUUGGUUCAACUGGAAGCCAGUAA